UUUCUACCGGGAGUAAAAGGCCAACCACAUUGCAAAGGCUAUCUUCCAGAGCCAAGAGCUGACCAGUAGGGCAGAGCUGGACUGAGUGGCUGACUGAACACGUGAUACUGCCAGACUGCCUCCCGGGCCCUCUGUGAGCCUGAGGCUGAAACCGACAUUUGCCUCUGGCAGGAAAAUGAACUUGUCAGUUUCUGUGUGCUUCAGACUCUCGACCCAAAGGAGCCAGGAAUUGCAGUAGCAAUUUGCCUUUGUAUCCCAGAGCUAUAAAGCCGCAGGACUUCAAAGAUAUCACGUGGCAGCGUGGAGCACGCCUCCUGAUGACGUCACAGAACUCGCAGCAGACGCGCUGAAGAAAGGAUGCUCUAGGAUGCUGUCCAGGUGGACGGCCACGCUGCAAGAUGCGGCACUGCAGGUGGAAUUCUCUUCCAGGAGUAACUAGCACGGUCAGUGCAGGAGCCAUGAGUGCCUCUGGGAACCUAAUGGACUUCCUUGAUGAGCCCUUCCCUGAUGUGGGGACCUAUGAAGACUUCCACACCAUAGACUGGCUGAGGGAAAAGUCCCGGGACACUGACAGACAUAGAAAGAUAACCAGCAAAAGUAAAGAGUCUAUUUGGGAGUUCAUCAAGAGUCUGCUGGACGCAUGGUCAGGAUGGGUGGUGAUGCUACUUAUUGGUCUGCUAGCAGGUACCCUGGCUGGAGUUAUCGAUCUCGCUGUUGACUGGAUGACAGACCUCAAGGAGGGCGUCUGUCUGUCUGCAUUCUGGUACAGCCAUGAGCAAUGCUGCUGGACCUCCAAUGAGACCACUUUUGAGGACAGGGACAAGUGUCCCCUGUGGCAGAAGUGGUCAGAGCUUCUUCUGAGCCAGUCAGAGGGUGCUAGCGCUUACAUUCUGAAUUACUUAAUGUACAUUCUAUGGGCAUUGCUGUUUGCAUUUCUGGCUGUCUCCCUGGUACGUGUGUUUGCACCAUAUGCCUGUGGCUCUGGCAUACCUGAGAUAAAGACUAUUUUGAGUGGCUUUAUCAUCAGGGGCUACUUGGGGAAAUGGACUCUUCUAAUCAAGACUGUCACUCUCGUGCUGGUUGUAUCCUCUGGCCUGAGUCUUGGGAAAGAGGGGCCACUGGUGCAUGUGGCAUGUUGCUGUGGCAACUUCUUUAGCAGCCUUUUCUCCAAGUAUAGCAAGAAUGAAGGCAAGAGGCGUGAGGUGCUUUCCGCUGCAGCUGCUGCUGGUGUCUCUGUGGCCUUUGGUGCUCCCAUAGGAGGUGUACUCUUCAGUCUAGAGGAGGUCAGUUACUACUUUCCCUUGAAAACCUUGUGGAGGUCAUUUUUUGCAGCCCUGGUGGCUGCCUUCACACUGCGCUCCAUCAACCCCUUUGGAAAUAGCCGCCUGGUUCUCUUUUAUGUGGAGUAUCAUACACCUUGGUACAUGGCUGAACUCUUCCCUUUCAUCCUGCUUGGAGUCUUUGGGGGUUUGUGGGGAACCGUCUUCACACGCUGCAACAUUGCCUGGUGCAGGAGGCGUAAAACCACCAGGCUGGGGAAGUAUCCAGUGUUGGAGGUCAUUGUGGUGACAGCCAUCACUGCCAUCAUUGCUUAUCCCAAUCCCUACACUCGCCAGAGCACCAGUGAGCUCAUAUCUGAGCUAUUCAAUGAUUGUGGGGCUCUUGAGUCUUCUCAGCUCUGUGACUACAUCAAUGACCCCAACAUGACUCGGCCUGUGGAUGACAUUCCGGACCGGCCAGCUGGGGUUGGAGUUUACACAGCCAUGUGGCAGCUGGCCUUGGCACUGAUCUUCAAAAUAGUCAUUACUAUAUUUACCUUUGGCAUGAAGAUUCCCUCAGGUCUCUUCAUCCCCAGUAUGGCUGUAGGAGCCAUGGCAGGCCGGAUGGUGGGAAUUGGUGUGGAGCAGCUGGCCUACCAUCAUCAUGACUGGAUCAUCUUCAGGAACUGGUGCAGGCCUGGAGCGGACUGUGUCACACCAGGGCUUUAUGCGAUGGUGGGAGCUGCAGCCUGUCUAGGUGGAGUGACUAGGAUGACAGUGUCUCUGGUAGUCAUCAUGUUUGAACUGACUGGAGGUCUGGAAUAUAUUGUACCCCUGAUGGCAGCUGCUGUUACCAGCAAGUGGGUGGCUGAUGCCUUUGGGAAAGAAGGGAUUUAUGAAGCCCACAUCCAUCUGAAUGGGUACCCAUUUCUUGAUGUGAAGGAUGAGUUCACUCACCGUACCCUAGCCACUGAUGUGAUGCGGCCCCGCAGGGGAGAACCACCUUUGUCAGUACUAACCCAGGACAGCAUGACUGUGGAGGAUGUGGAGACUCUCAUAAAAGAGACAGACUACAAUGGCUUUCCUGUGGUGGUCUCGAGAGAUUCGGAGCGCCUCAUAGGCUUUGCCCAGAGGCGGGAGCUAAUCUUGGCUAUAAAAAAUGCCAGACAGAGGCAAGAGGGCAUCGUGAGCAAUUCCAUCAUGUACUUCACAGAGGAGCCCCCUGAGCUGCCUGCCAACAGCCCACAUCCACUGAAGCUGAGGCGCAUUCUGAACCUGAGCCCUUUUACUGUCACAGACCACACCCCCAUGGAGACAGUGGUGGACAUUUUCCGGAAACUGGGGCUCCGACAAUGCCUGGUGACACGGAGUGGGAGGCUUCUUGGGAUCAUCACAAAAAAAGACGUUCUGAGACACAUGGCGCAGAUGGCAAACCAGGACCCUGAAUCCAUCAUGUUUAAUUAGCAAUAAGAUGGAAAUUAUUUUGAGAAGACCGAUAAUUAUGUCAUUUUUGAAGAAAUAACCAAAUGAUACAUUAUGAUCCUAAUGAAAAAACAGGCAACUGAGAGUAGCAGAAAGCCUUGUUUGAAAGGAAGGGGAGAAGGAUGAAACAUUUUUUAAAGACAAACCAUAAAUUAAUAGGCAUUUUCUAGUUUUAACCUCUUAUGAGUUAGAAGCUGCGUUUCUUAAUAAAUUUACUAACUGCUUUGGGGGCAUGUGGGAGGGUGUGAAUGCCAUGAAUUAUACGAAGACACGGAACACAAGAACCUUUGGCACCUCACUCAAGGUGGAUAUUCAUAAUUUGGAAGUAUACAUGAUGCUUUGAGUCCAAAAGACAAAGGGGUAUUAGCAUGCUGCUGUUAUAUAUUGGUUCCUAAACAUUUGCUAUUAUGUUAUGGAAUCAUACUGAAAAUAUUGCACUUACUUUGUUGAAAGAGAAAAGAAAAUUCAAGUUGGAUACAGUGAAAGCUACAAGCAGGCCCUGAUGGAUGGUCUACUAGUGACUAUCUCAUUUCUUGCCUCUGUUCUCAGACCCAUUGUUUUGUUUCUUUAUCAGUCUGAACCAGUAUCAGUGGUGCCCACCAUAAUGAAUAUGAAGUGAAAGACUUCUCUACAGAAAACCUCAAGACUGGACUAAACUACUGGACUGUGAACCAUGUAGUGCUAUGCAGACAUUUCUUCUAUAAAAGGGGACACAGUUUUACUUUGAGGGGACACCUGCCUCAUCACUGAUUUGCAACCCCAAAGCAUCAACUUUACUUAUUAUAUGGUUACUUGUGCAUUUGAUGUAUUGAUCAGUCCAGCACUUCCAUGGAUUAUUGCCUGUGUGCUCCUAGAUUGCUAUAGUGUGUUUUGGUUUUCAGGUAGCAUGUGCAAUACUCAAAACCAGCUACUCAGUGUUUCUACUUAACUUUCUUCUCAUGUCUUCCAGAUAGAGCCAUGAUAAGAGUGAGGUGUAUGAAUUCUCAGUGGGAACAUCUCCAAGUGGACUGCAAGAGAAAUAGUAGAUUGAUUCUAAAUCUGUUCCACUCUCUUUUCUGUAGGCUAUAAAAUGUCCAGUUUUAAUGCCUAAGCAUGUACUUUCAAACUAGCAAUCAUGGCACAGGACAGAGUUCCAUUUUAUACAGCCAAUUGAGGCACUAGGUCUCUUUAUUUGAACUUAAUGUCACUUUUAUUCUCUACAUUCUACACAUCUGUCUUUUCUGAAGGAAGGGAUUAGUGUUUCAGGGCCAUUGCAUGUUUUGUGUAAGAUUUGCGUCAUUUCCUAUUUCACUUCAUCUUUGCCCCUCACUUUUCACUGAGUCAUCAUCCUUCUUUUCAAUCUUAUUGUAGGUAUUGUUGCAUCAGGGACAUGUGCACUAAGUAAGAAACCUGGGACAUAGCCAUUCCAGGAUUGUCUCUACACAUUGCCAGGGUUCCAAAUUCUUCUGGUAUUUCAUUUUCACUUUUCUUAUUCUUUGUCCUUUGGCUUACUGCCUCAUAGUUGUAAAAAUGUUACCCAGAUGCUAGGUGUGAUAUCUACUUUCUGUGUGGGAAGAAGGAAGAAGAGGCAAGUAUAAAGAUGAAAUGAUGCAUAUACCUUUCCCAGAGAUGCUCAGCAUAAAACCAUUGGCUGGAAUUCUAUUAUCUGUCCCAUCCUCCUAUCUGUACAGGGAGGAUAAAUUUUAGCUAAACAUAUUACUUUCUGGAUGAAAUUUAAAUUCUGUUAAUAGGGAAGGGGGAUUGAUAUCUAUCAUAUUAAAUUCCAACAUCAUGUCCCUACCAUUGUCUUUGGUGUCUUUUUUACUCUCAUCUGAUAACCCUUCUGAAUAUCUCUCCAAACAUCCUUAUAACUGUUUUGCAUCUUACCCAUUCUGUCACAUUUGAGAGAAAACUCAUUCCUAAACUGAGUCUACUUCUUAGGUCUAAUAGGAAUCUUAAUUUUGAUUACAGUCCUAGUUACAAAUGGGUGUCUGUGAAUUUUCUCAUUGUUUCAAUAAUUAUAUAUUCUAGAGAGCAAAUAUUUUAAGUCAGACCCUGCUGACAACUGUGGAAAAUUAUAGUUUCAAGUAUUUGUUUCUGUAACUAAUUGACUCCUUCUGAAAUAGCACUAAAUAGACAUAUCAGUGUGAAAAUAUCCAGGUUAAUAGAGGAAAUUUUAAGCCUUUGUUCAAGAAUAAAGUUCAUUGUCUCAUUUGAGCAUGGAACUAUUAUGUAGUAGAUCUUAAUUUUAGGGUUGUUAGUAGGUUUUGCAUGGAACAUUUGUAAAUGAAGCUGGGUUCUCCUGGACUAUAAAUUCAAAGUGUGAAAAAUUACUUCAUGUGGUCCCCCUCUUUGGUCCAGGUGGCUCCCCUCAGAGUUGCUCUGUAAUGGAAGGAGAGUAUUAGUCAUAGCCUGGCCUUCUAUAAUCCACAAGACCCUAAAUCUCACAGGUUUGUGUGUGUGUGUGUGUGUGUGUGUGUGUGUGUGUGUGUGUGUGUGUGAAAUAGCUUUCAAAUCAAUGGAUGGCAUUAGAAGAAUAGCCAAAGGACAGCAAAACCAGAAAGAGUCAGAUAAUCCCCCUCUAAUACAACAGAGUCCAUGGAGGAAAACAAGGGGCUAAGUUUACUCUGGGCCAAAGUUACCAAGGAGGGGGAAAUUGAAAGUAUGGUGUCUUUCUCCUAGUGCUCACAUGGAGAUGCUCAGAACUGAAGGAAAUAAUUGAAAGUGUGACUGGAUUGAAAUAAGUCAGGCUUCUUUUCAUUUGCAAGUCGAUCCUCUAAUGUGGGGUUGAGGAUCAAAGCUGUGGUCAGACCAGAAGGUUAAGGUCAAGGAUUGGGAGUGUGCUGUGGAGAUUGCCUUCUUCCCAGGGAUCCUGAAUCCUCUCAAGGAUUCAUUUGCCAUUGAAUCAUCUGCCCACCAGGAACACACUGCCCUGCCUUUUCUCAUCUUUAUGAAACCACUUAGUUAGGAACUUUGUAUCCCAAUAUAGAGUUCCCAUUCAUUUGGUGGUCUGUUAAGAACUGGGACAAAAAGGUGAAUAAAUAUCUUUCCAAAUAUAUUCCUUCCUCUUUCCAGGACCAAAAUCUUCAGUCAUCUAUAAACUUUCUGGAGUUUUUCUGAAUCUAUUCUUAAUACUAAAACCAAGCACAACAGAAAUGUACAAUGGAGGCGGUUUUCUACUGAGGUACACUACCUAUUUCUUGCAAUCCACCUCUGUUGCUAAGAAAAUGAAUUAUAGAACACCAGAAAAUGGCUAUACCUUUCCAGAAGACGUGUCGAUUUGUUCUCGGGAUUGUUCAGUUCAACUCCUGGGAAUGCAGAUGUACCUGUGGCUUUUCAGGACAAGCAAAUGAGCCAGAAGGAAAUCUUCAACUAUUCAGUCCUCACUGUUCCCAAGAACAGUUCUCUACACAGCACUUCCCAAAGGCCUUACCAAGAAGAUAUGUAAACAUAUAUUUUGAACUUAAUAAGUCACAGAAACUGUUACAUUUAGGUGAGAAUGGCUUACUUCAUGUUAUCAAUAGGUGCAUAUUCUGCUCAGUAUUAUCAGAUGCUGUGCUGGAGAAUGAGAAACUUACAACAGAGAAUAAUGGAAUCCUUACGUAAUUGCAAUAGUCCACAUUUUAAAUUGGGCAGUGCAUUAUCAGACUCAAUUUGUAAACUUUGAAAUGAUUUAUAUGAGUACAGAGCUAGUGUAUCUGACUUUUGAAGCACUACCCGAAUCUCAGUUUGCCGGCAUGGUAAUAACCAUUUAUUUGCUAUAUUACGUGUGUGCUGAGAAUAAUGAGUCUAUGUGUGAUUUUUGUGGGAUAUAUUCACAUUUGCUUUUGCCACAAGAUCAUAGUAAUGUGUUGGUUUUUUAAAAAACUGUAACACUGUGUUAACACUGGUACUUUAUUAAAAAUGAAAUGUUUGAACUCUAUUAAAAAAAAAAACAAACAAUUUUCAACAA